AUGUCAGAAUUGCCUCAGGAACCCUGGAAUGACCUCAGUGCUGAUUUCUGCGGCCCACUACCAUCGGGCGAUUAUCUCUUUGUCAUCAUUGAUGAAUACUCGAGAUACCCUGUUGUAGAAAUCGUCAAAUAUGUAUCAGCCCAAAGUGUUAUACCGGUGUUAGACAAGGUAUUAUCCACUUUUGGAAUCCCUAGAGUCAUCAAGACAGACAACGGAAGUCCGUUCAAUUCCUACCAAUUUAGUAAAUAUGCCAACAACACAGAAUUCACCCACAGAAAAAUUACUCUAAGAUGGCCUCGAGCAAAUGCUCAAGCUGAAGCAUUCAACAAGCCACUGAUGAAAAACAUCAAAGCAGCUGAAAUAGAGCGAAGAAACUGGAAACAGUCCAUGUUCCAAUUCCUCAGACAAUACAGAACAACUCCAUAUAGUUCUACAGGAAUAAGUCACUUCAAGCUAAUGUUCAACAGAGAAGCAAAGACUAAGCUACCAUCGGUCCCAAGGAAACAAACCAAAAAUGAUGAACUCUUGCGUCAAAAUGAUGAAAUCUCAAAAAUACUAAUGAAAGCUGGUGCAGACGAAAGGAUGAAAACAAGACGGAGCGAUAUCCAGAUUGGAGACCACGUGCUACUAAGGAAUGAAGUCAAAGAAAAGAAGACCACACCAUCGUAUGAUCCUGUACCACACGUCGUAACUAACAGAAAAGGAAAUAUGGUAAUCACUAAACAGAACGAGAGAAACGUGACACGCAACUCAUCAUUCUUCAAGAAAACAAAAUAUCAACUCCAAACUGCAGAUACAGCUGAUGAAGAAGAGGUACCAAAUGUCCCAACACAGAAGAACCACCUAAAAAUCCCUGAGGUUCGAGAUGGUGAAGCACACACUUCGCGCCCUACAAGACAGAGGAAGCAACCCACUUACUUACAAGAUUAUGUUACGCGUGUGAAUAAUCAGUGA